AAGGAAUAAUGACCCUAAAGGUGGAGGCCCAGCUCGGCUCACUUCGGAUCGGUUUGUUUCUGGUACAUUAGGCCCAGUUCGGUCCAUGGAUGUAUGUUGGAGCCGUCGGGAAGAGAACCGGCUGUUCAAAAUCACGGUACUGAACCAACUCACGGCCGCAGAGAUGAAGGAGAAAGAGAAGAAGCAGAAGAAAAGCAAUAUUGCAAAAGCUUCCAACGCAGAGAAUUCCUCCCAGUCAUUAUCAGCUCUGCAAGUAUUUUCGAUCCAUAUGAUCUGUGGACUUGGUUUAGCAAUUGCUUUAUGGAUGGCCCACAAUCUCUACUCCAUCAAUGUGAUCUCUGAUCCUUCACGCACCCUCCGUCUGAUCUGGAUUGUAGAGAGUCCAAUCGUCAUACUUCUUUACAGUUGGUUUCGACUCAAUCCUCAACAGUGCUCGUACUUGAAAGCUGUAGGACGAGGCAUAUUAGCUCUUCCUGUUGGGGCUCUUGUGAAUGCUCUUGGAGCUAUUGUUUUGGGAGCACCUGUCGGCAUCGAGUACCUACCAAAGACCAUUAAUUGGUCUCUUCUUAUGUCAUCAUUCAUGUUUGUGCCUGCAGCUUCUGUUUUUGGUUCAUCAUCGCCACAUUGGCAACGUAUAUUUGCACAUACAAAGCCAAAUGAAUCUUUAGAGUAUAUGAUUUGUAUACCAGCACAUGGGGCUCUAAUUGGAGCUUGGUUUGGGGCUUGGCCGAUGCCACUUGACUGGGAAAGGCCAUGGCAGGACUGGCCAAUAUGUGUGACUUAUGGAGCAAUAACUGGGUAUCUAGUUGCAAUGGUAGUAUCUCUUGGCUUUGCACUUGUGCAUGGUGGAAGGCAGCAUCUUAAACGGGAUUAACAAGCCAACACAUAGGGAUCUUAGGGAGUGGUGAUUUAUUUUCUGCAUGAACAAGAAAUGAUUCGAAGUCUUUAGUACAUUAUAUGAAACUACUUUUGCAGGCAUCAACACUUAAUCUUGUGAGCUAAUAUAUAACAUCAAUAAAUUGUUGGACAAAAUUGCCGUUGUAUAUAAAGAUUAGUUCUACAAUUUUACUCCCAACGUAUGGGAAAAUGCGUUUAGAAUUGAAAUGGAUUGUCAUAAGAUUGCAUUUGUCA